AUGUCCGUGGUGGUCAGGGAACCUUACGGAAAUUACAAACUGUAUAUCAAAGGGGCGGAUCAGAAAAUCUUUGAAAGAUUGAAAAGCGCUUCUUCUAAAGAGCUGAAAAGGACUGCAGGUCACCUGCAACAGUUUGCAAUUGGCGGUUACCGAACGCUCUGUUUUGCCAUCAGAAACAUUGACAGUGCGACUUUUGCUAGAUGGUAUAAAGAGUACCUUGCAACUGUCAAUGAAGUAGGCGGAAGGAAAGAAAAGCUUGCCCAACUUGCAGAAGAGAUUGAGAGGGAUCUUACAUUGAUUGGAGUGUCGGCCAUCGAGGAUCGGCUGCAAAAAUCGGUUCCAGAAACUGUAGCAAGGUUAUUAUCAGCUGGAAUUCGCGUUUGGGUUCUUACUGGAGACAAAUUGGAGACUGCUGUCAACAUUGGUAUUGUUUAA